AUGGUAUUAGAGCCAGAACCAAACUGUUGUGCCACCAAGGACGCUCCCAAGGGGGUGAAUAAGGGAUUGGAUGCUAGGGAUAUGCAAAAUCCAAAAGGUCCGAAAUCUAGACCCGAACCCGGACCAAAAAUAAGAUCACCCAAUUGGGUACGAGGCCUUUGCAUCGGCAGGGGCUCCUUUGGAACUGUCAGCCUCGCCGUUGAUAAAUCCGAUGGACGCCGGUUUGCGGUUAAGUCCGUGGAGGAAACCUCCGGCCGCUUCUCUCAAGCUUUAGAGAAUGAGAUUCGGAUUCUGAAAUCAUUGUCAUCGCCUUAUGUUGUUGAGUAUCUCGGCGACGAUUUCACGUCGGAGCUUUCUUCAGUGGUGUAUCGGAACUUACAUAUGGAGUAUAUGCCAGGUGGCACGGUGGCGGACAUGGCGGAACAAGGUGAGGAUGCCACUGUUCGGAAUUACACGCGGUGUGUUGUGUCGGCGUUGAGCUACAUUCACCGGAAAAAUAUUGUUCAUUGCGAUGUCAAGGGGAAGAAUGUGUUGAUUGGGGAGAAUCCCGGCGCCGCCAAGCUUGCUGAUUUUGGGUCGGCGGUGGAAAUGAGUGGUCCGAUAUCGGGAACACGUGGUAGUCCACUGUGGAUGGCGCCGGAGGUCGUCCGUGGGGAGUAUCAAGGACCGGAAUCCGACAUUUGGUCAUUGGGGUGCACGGUGAUCGAAAUGGUCACCGGAAAGCCAGCGUGGGAAGACAGAGGAAUUGAUACUCUCUGUCAAAUUGGGUACUCCGAUGAGUUACCCAAGUUGCCAGCUCACUUUUCCGACGAGUUACGUGAUUUUCUACACAAGUGUCUGAGAAGAAACCCGUCGGAAAGAUGGAGCUCCGAUCAGCUGCUACAACACCCUUUUCUAUCAUCAUGCUCUUCUUCUUCUUCUUCUUCAAAUUCAACAGAAUCCACCACCAAAAAAUUGUCACCAAGAUGCGUGUUCGAUUGGUCAGACUCGAAUUUCUCCGAUGAGGAGACGUCGGAGAUGAAGAAGUCGACUAGAAAUUUGAACUCAUCAGAUGCAAAACGGAGGAUGGGGAUCUUAUCUUGCAAUUCAGCAGCAGCGAAUUGGGAAUCUGACGGGUGGGAGUUGGUGAGGAAUGCGGCGGAGGAAGGUGGUCCGACGAGUACAGAAGAGGAAAGAAGUUGGCAGGAAGAUGGAUAUUCCGACGAGGAAGGCGGAGGUGGUUUUGAUGAUGAUGAUGGUGGUGCCAACAACCAUGCGGAUGGUACAAGUGAUGGUUGGAGCAAUAGAGACACAUAUAAUAAUUACAGUUGCUGUAUGUAUGUGUCAUUAAGAAAGUCAUUAUUGUUUAAUCGGAAUGCCAUCCGACACAUUUAUUUGUUUUCGUUUAAUUUCAUACCAGAUUUUGAACCUUUUCUACUCCAUUAUUUUCACAUUAAUUAUCUACCGACAAUAUAUUUACUUUUUAUAUCUAAACAAUCUACUUUUGGACAUACAUCUCUUCCGAUUAUAAACACCACCAUUACCUACAUCUUAAUCCAUUAA